AUGGAGCAUCUCACGCUGGAGUUGUCCGCGCCGCUGCAACUAAUUGCUGCUAAAAACGACAAGAGCCGCAGCGAGCUGAGCAGGUUCCUGGCCAAGCAGGUGUGGACGCCUCAAGACCGGCAGUGCAUCCUGAGUACCUUGGCGCAGUUACUCCUGGAUAAGGACUGCACAGUGCUGGUGGCUCGCCAACUGCGUCCCCUCCUUUUGGAUUUGCUGGAAAGGAAUGCUGAAGCCAUUAAAGCUGGGGGCCAAGUCAACCAUGAUCUCCAUGAACGGCUCUGUGUGUCCAUGAGCAAGCUCAUUGGUAACCAUCCUGAGGUCCUCCCGUUUGCCUUGAGGUAUUUCAAGGACACGUCCCCAGUUUUUCAGAGGCUCUUCCUGGAGAGUUCUGAUGCUAACCCAGUCCGCUAUGGGCGCCGGCGGAUGAAGCUCCGGGACCUGAUGGAAGCGGCCUACAAGUUUCUGCAGCAGGCGCCGUCCGUGUUCCGGGAGCGCUGGGACUGGAGUGUGUGUGUCCCUCUCCUCAGAAGCCACGACACCCUGGUCCGCUGGUACACUGCCAAUUGUCUUGCUUUGGUCACCUGUAUGAAUGAAGAGCACAAGUUAUCGUUCCUUAAGAAGACCUUCAGUAGUGAGGAAUUGAUCCAUUUCAGGUUGAAGUUACUAGAAGAGGCCCAGCUGCAGGACUUGGAGAAGGCCUUGCUUUUGGCCAACCCUGAAGCGUCUCUUUGGCGUAAGGAGAAGGAGCUGCAGUACUUACCAGGACACCUUGUUUCUGCUGACCUCUCCUCCAGGGUGACCACUGUCUGUGGCGUGCUGCUUCCUGGGCAGCAGCUGGCCCUUGAAGAACAGGCGAAUAAGAAUUCUUCUCGUGAACAGGAGCUGGCCCUCAGGUCUUACGUGCUGGUUGAGUCCGUCUGCAGAAAUCUCCAGACCUUGGCCAUGGCAGUGGCUUCUCAGAAUGCCGUGUUGUUGGAAGGGCCAAUAGGAUGUGGCAAAACUUCUUUAGUUGAACAUUUAGCUGCAAUGACAGGUAGAAGGAAGCCCCCUCAUCUUCUCAAAGUCCAGCUUGGAGAUCAAACCGACAGUAAGAUGCUGUUGGGGAUGUAUCGCUGCACAGAUGUCCCAGGAGAGUUUGUGUGGCAGCCUGGCACUCUGACUCAGGCCGCCACCAAGGGCCAUUGGAUCCUUCUGGAGGACAUUGACUAUGCCCCCUUAGAUGUGGUUUCCAUCCUGAUUCCCCUCCUGGAGAAUGGAGAGCUCUUGAUUCCUGGCCGAGGUGACUGUCUGAAAGUGGCACCGGGAUUUCAGUUCUUUGCAACCAGGAGACUCUUAAGCUGUGGAGGAAAUUGGUAUCGACCAUUAAACAGUCAUGCUACUUUGCUAGACAAAUAUUGGACCAAAAUUCACCUGGACAACAUGGAUAAGACAGAACUGAAUGAGGUUGUUCAGAACAGAUGCCCCAGUCUUUUGUCAGCAGCUGAUCACCUGCUUGAUAUUUAUAUCCAACUUACUGGUGAGAAACAUAGCCCUCGGAGCGGAAGUGCUGCUGAAGGUGAACGGGCACCUGAGGAGGUUUCAGAAGCCGGAAGAGAAAACAAAAGACCGAGCCUAGAAGGGAGAGAACUUUCUCUAAGGUACUGGGCUCUGGACUGUUUCACAGCAAUGCUUUCUAAGCAUAAAAGCAGACUUAAAAUGGCAGAAGUCAUUGGAAGCAAAUUAAACAUUUCCAAAAAAAAGGCUGAAUAUUUCUGUCAACUUUACAAACCAGAAAUUGUGAUCAAUGAGCUAGAUGUGCAAGUGGGACGUGUGCGGCUUCUGCGGAAGCAAAGUGAGGCCGUCUACAUCCAGAGAGAGAAGCUCACUUUUGCAGCCACACGACCCUCCUCUGUUCUUAUUGAGCAGCUUGCUGUGUGUGUCAGCAAAGGGGAGCCCGUGUUGCUCGUGGGAGAGACCGGAACUGGCAAAACCUCUACUGUCCAGUACUUGGCUCACAUUACAGGUCACCAUUUGAGAGUUGUUAAUAUGAACCAACAAAGUGACACUGCAGACUUGCUUGGAGGUUACAAACCUGUGGACCACAAGCUUAUAUGGCUACCCUUACGGGAGGGAUUUGAGGAACUGUUUGCCCAGACGUUUUCCAAGAAGCAGAACUUCACUUUCUUGGGGCACAUUCAGACCUGUUACCGGCAGAAACGGUGGCAUGAUCUCCUGAGACUAAUGCAGCAUGUUCACAAGUCGGCCGUCCAUAAGGAUGGAAAAGAGGGCGACACUGGACCGCUCCUGAAAGAGAAAUGGGAAGCCUUCGGCCUGAGACUCAGCCACGCCCAACAGCAGAUGAAAAUGACCGAAAAUGCCCUCCUGUUUGCUUUUGUCGAGGGCACAUUAGCUCAGGCAGUGAAGAAAGGAGAAUGGAUUUUGCUGGAUGAGAUUAAUCUGGCUGCUCCAGAAACAUUAGAGUGCCUGAGUGGUUUACUUGAGGGAUCCAUGGGCUCCCUGGUGUUGCUGGAUCGAGGAGACACAGAACCAUUAGUUCGACAUCCUGACUUCCGUCUAUUUGCCUGCAUGAAUCCAGCAACUGAUGUGGGCAAAAGAAAUCUCCCACCAGGAAUAAGAAACAGGUUCACAGAGCUUUAUGUGGAAGAAUUGGAAGGUAAAGAAGACUUACAGAUUCUUAUUGUGGAUUACCUGAAGGGCUUGAGUGUGAGCAAGAGCACUGUCCAAGGAAUCAUAAACUUCUACACAAUUGUGCGGAAAGAAUCUGGGACCAAAUUGGUGGAUGGGACUGGCCACAGACCCCAUUACAGCCUUCGGACACUCUGCAGGGCCCUGCGGUUUGCAGCCUCCAAUCCAUGUGGCAGCGUCCAGCGCUCGCUCUAUGAGGGCUUUUGUUUGGGUUUCCUAACCCAGCUUGACAGGGCCUCCUACCCCAUAGUUCAGAAGCUCAUUUGCCAGCACAUCAUCUCUGGCAAUGUCAAAAGUCUGCUGAAGCAGCCUAUUCCAGAACCAAAAGGAGGCCGUCUUAUCCAGGUUGAGGGUUACUGGAUAUCAGUUGGAGACAAAGAGCCCACCAUUGAUGAGACAUACAUUCUCACGUCAUCUGUCAAGCUGAACCUGGGGGAUGUAGUCCGAGUGGUCUCUGCAGGAACUUACCCAGUGCUGAUUCAGGGAGAGACAUCGGUUGGUAAGACAAGCCUAAUUCGGUGGCUGGCUGCUGCUACGGGAAACCACUGUGUGCGCAUUAACAACCACGAACACACCGACAUUCAGGAAUAUAUGGGGUGCUACACCUCGGAUGCCUCAGGGAAGCUUGUGUUUAAAGAAGGUGUGCUUAUUGAUGCUAUGAGAAAGGGCUACUGGAUCAUUUUGGAUGAGUUAAAUCUGGCCCCUACGGAUGUGUUAGAGGCACUGAACCGGCUCCUGGAUGACAACCGUGAACUGCUCAUCGCAGAGACACAGGAGGUUGUGAGAGCACACCCUCGGUUCAUGCUGUUUGCCACUCAGAAUCCCCCAGGACUGUACGGGGGCAGAAAGGUGCUUUCUAGAGCUUUCAGGAACCGGUUUGUGGAACUGCACUUUGAUGAAUUGCCUAGUUCUGAGUUGGAAACCAUCUUGCACAAACGGUGUAGUUUGCCGCCCUCCUAUUGCAGCAAGCUGGUUAAAGUAAUGCUGGACCUUCAGUCCUUUCGCAGAGGCUCCUCGGUGUUCGCCGGAAAGCAAGGCUUCAUCACGCUUCGUGAUCUCUUCCGCUGGGCUGAGAGGUACAGAUUGGCUGAGCAGACAGAGAAGGAAUAUGACUGGCUCCAGCAUUUAGCCAAUGAUGGUUUUAUGCUUCUGGCAGGCCGAGUCAGGAAGCAGGAAGAGGUAGAUGUAAUUCAGGAAGUUCUUGAGAAACAUUUUAAGAAAAAACUGUGUCCUCCAUCUCUCUUCUCCAAAGAAAAUGUCCUAAAAUUGCUGGGUAAAUUGUCUCUUCCGACGUCCACCCUGGAGUCCACGUUCAGCCACCUUGUGUGGACUGAGGGCAUGCGGAGGCUGGCUGUCCUUGUGGGAAGGGCAUUGGAAUUUGGUGAACCAGUGCUGCUGAUUGGAGACACUGGGUGUGGGAAAACUACUAUCUGUCAGGUAUUUGCAGCAUUGGCAAACCAGAAAUUAUAUUCAGUCAACUGCCACUUACAUAUGGAGACGUCAGACUUCCUGGGGGGCCUGCGGCCAGUCAGACAGAAACCCAAGGACAAGGAAGAAAUUGGUACACCAAGACUCUUUGAGUGGCAUGACGGACCUCUGGUUCUGGCCAUGAAGGAAGGUGGCUUUUUCCUUCUGGAUGAGAUCUCGCUGGCUGAUGACUCUGUUUUAGAAAGACUCAACAGUGUCCUUGAGGUGGAAAGGUCUCUAGUAUUAGCCGAGAAAGGCAGCUUAGAGGACAAGGAUAAUGAAGUAGAGAUACUGACUGCUGGAAAAAAAUUCCGUAUCCUCGCGACCAUGAACCCUGGAGGCGACUUUGGAAAAAAGGAGCUGUCUCCUGCCUUAAGGAACCGGUUUACUGAAAUAUGGUGUCCUCAAAGCUCAAGCCGUGAAGAUUUGAUGCAGAUUAUCAGUCGCAAUCUUCGUCCAGGAUUGUCUCUGGGCAGAAUAGAUCAUAAAGGCACGGACAUCGCGGAGGUCAUGCUGGAUUUCAUCGACUGGCUGAGGCAUCAGGAGUUUGGCCGCAGCUGUGUCGUCAGCAUCCGCGACAUUCUGUCCUGGGUGAAUUUCAUGAUUACAAUGGGAGAAGAAGCUGCUUUGAAGAGGCCAGAGCCUGUCUCCACCGUGACAUCUUUUGUCCACGCCGCAUGCCUGGUGUACAUAGAUGGAAUAGGAUCAGGAGUAACAACUUCUGGGCUUGGUACGGCCCUCUUGGCUCGAGAAGAAUGUCUGAAAUUCCUAAGCAAGAAACUUUCCAAAAUAGUCCGACUUACAGAAGGUCAGAAAAAUGAGUUGAAGAUUUAUGACAGGCUCAAAGCCAAAGAGUUCACUGGGAUAGAUAACCUUUGGGGAAUACAUCCGUUUUUUAUACCAAGAGGACCCGUGCUUCACAGGAUCAAUAGUGCCGACUAUGCUCUCAGCGCUGGCACUACAGCAAUGAAUGCCCAGAGACUCUUACGCGCGACAAAACUGAACAAACCCAUUCUCCUGGAGGGCUCCCCCGGUGUGGGCAAGACAAGUCUGGUGGGAGCGCUCGCAAAGGCUUCAGGCAACACUCUUGUUCGGAUCAACUUGUCUGAGCAGACGGACAUCACAGACCUGUUUGGAGCAGACUUACCUGUUGAAGGUGGCAGGGGAGGCGAGUUUGCGUGGCGUGAUGGCCCGCUGCUGGCAGCUCUGAAGGCAGGCCACUGGGUUGUGUUGGAUGAGCUUAACCUGGCGUCUCAGUCUGUAUUGGAAGGACUCAAUGCUUGCUUUGACCACCGAGGAGAAAUCUACGUCCCAGAGUUAGGAAUGAGCUUCCAAGUACAGCAUGAGAAGACCAAGAUUUUUGGAUGUCAAAAUCCUUUCCGACAAGGAGGUGGGAGGAAGGGCUUGCCCAGGUCUUUCCUUAACCGAUUCACCCAGGUCUUUGUGGAUCCCCUUACGGUAAUUGACAUGGAGUUCAUUGCCAGCACUUUGUUUCCAGCAGUCGACAGAAACAUGGUGAAGAAGAUGGUUGCUUUCAAUAACCAAGUUGAUCAUGAAGUGACUGUUGAGAAGAAAUGGGGACAGAAAGGAGGACCCUGGGAAUUCAACCUCCGGGACCUUUUCCGCUGGUGUCAGUUGAUGCUGGUUGAUCAGUCCCCUGGGUGCUACGAUCCUGCUCAGCACGUGGUGUUGGUCUAUGGUGAGCGGAUGAGAACCAGGGCAGACAAGGACAAGGUCAUUUCUGUAUUCAGGGAUGUGUUUGGCUCAAAUUCCAGCCCGUAUGUGGGGACCAGACUAUUUCACAUCACUCCCUAUGAUGUACAGCUGGGCUACUCAGUUCUUAACCGCCGCAGCUGUGCUCCUCACCCGUCCCGCCGGCCUCUUUCGCUCUUGCACCAGUCUUUACAGUCCCUGGAGUCGAUCAUGAAGUGUGUGCAGAUGAGCUGGAUGGUCAUCCUCGUGGGGCCGGCCUCUGUGGGCAAGAGCAGCCUGGUGCAGCUUCUGGCACAACUUACUGGCCACACGUUGAAGAUCAUGCCAAUGAACAGUGCAAUGGACACUACUGAGCUUUUGGGCGGAUUUGAGCAGGUUGAUCUUACACGCCCUUGGAGGCAGCUGCUAGAGAAGGUGGAGGGCACUGUAAGGGCCCUGUUAAGGGACAGCCUCCUUAUUAGUGCUGAUGAUGCAGAAGUAGUGCUACGGGCCUGGAGUCACUUCCUUCUGACCUAUAAGCCCAAGUGUCUUGGAGAAGGCGGCAAAGGUAUCACGAUGGAGGUCGUCAGUAAGCUGGAAGCUGUGUUGCUGCUUGUGCAGCGACUCAACAAUAAAAUCAACUCGUACUCCAAGGCAGAAUUUGCCAAGUUGGUGGAAGAGUUCCGGGGCUUUGGGAAGAAGCUCAUGCAGUCAGCCAGUGGCCAUAGCCACGGCACGUUUGAGUGGGUGGACAGCAUGCUGGUUCGUGCCCUCAAGUCUGGGGACUGGCUUCUGAUGGACAAUGUUAACUUCUGCAACCCGUCAGUGUUGGAUCGUUUGAAUGCUUUGCUUGAGCCUGGAGGCAUCCUCACGGUUAGUGAGAGAGGAAUGAUAGAUGGAGCCAUUCCCACGAUAACGCCAAAUCCAAAUUUCAGGCUUUUUCUCUCACUGGAUCCUGCUCAUGGAGAAAUAUCUCGAGCCAUGAGGAAUCGUGGGCUUGAGAUCUACAUUUCAGCAGAAGGGGAUGGGAGCAUCCCAGACGAGCUGGAUUUGAAAGUUCUGCUGCACAGCCUUGGGUUGGUGGGGGACAGUGUGUGCAACACCCUCUUGGCGUUGCACACAGAGACCCGAGGUGCCGUUGUAGGUUCUCCAACCUCUUCCGUGUCAACUCUGAUUCAGACAGCUGUUCUCAUUGUCCAGUACCUGCAGCGAGGGCUGAGCUUGGAUAGAGCCUUUUCUGAAGCCUGCUGGGAAGUGUAUGUCUGCUCCCAGCAUACACCAGCAAACCGGACGCUUGCCCACGCAGUAGUGGAGAAGCACGUGUCUUCCCUGAGAGCGCAUGAUGCUUGGGGCAACUCCGUUCUUGCCUUGGGACUGUGGCCAGAUUCUCUGCCCUCGGCUCUCUUUGCCGCUGAAGACUCUCACCUCUCUCUAGUCCGCAGUGAUGGACAGAUCUUGGCCUAUUGCCUCAACAGAGUGAGCAUGAAAACCAGCAGCUGGACAAGGAGCCAGCCUCUUACCUUGCAAGACUUAGAGAAAAUGAUGCAAUCCUCCAACCCUGAGGGCCUGAAAUUCAGUGCCCUGCACGUGGACGCCUGUUGGCUCGAUGAGCCAGGUGUGCUGGCGAUGGCUGUUCAGUUGCUCACAGAACGAGCAACCAAUCAGGAUUGGAUGCUCAGAGUUAAAUGGCUAUGUCAUUUAGCCAAGAAUAUACCACAGGAACUUGAGUCGAUCCAGAUUCACUUGGAAGCCAGUGCUACAUCUCUUAGGACCUUUUACUCGAAUUCUCUCUCAGCUGGGGUCAGUCACGUCAUCAAAGUAUUGCAACCCAACAUAACAGAUGAAUAUGUGGUCCCCCUGGACCCCCGGUGGAAUAUGCAGGCUCUGGACAUCCUUAGGAAUUCCAUGGACUUUGACCCACACACAGACCAGCCGGAGCAGCUCUUUGCUCGUUUAGAAUCUGUUGCGAACAAGACAAUCAUCUAUCUUGACCGGGAAAAACGAAGUUUUACUGAAGCCAAAUUGGUUUCUGUGGGUGGCAAAAAGUUAAGAAAUAGUGUUUUGAGAAUGUCCUUUGAAUUCCAUAAAGAUCCAGAGAGCUGUCACAGCCUGCCCCAUGAAAUUGUGGUCAAUCUUGCUGCAUUUUUCGAGCUCUGUGAUGCACUGAUCCUGCUCUGGGUACAGUCAUCCCAGGGGAAGGUGUCUGAUGCCACUGUCCAUGAGAUCUUGGGUUCUGUGCAAUGGCGGGACCGGCUCUGGACUGUAGCCGACACAGUAAAAGUGGACGCCCCCGGCCUGGCCCUGCUGGCCCUCCACUGGCACUGGGUUUUGAAGCAUUUGGUCCAUCAGAUCCCCCGGCUCCUGCUGGAUCAUGCAGACAAAUACUACAAGGAGGUUCAGACUGUUUCAGAGCAUAUUCAGAAUUGCUUGGGGAGCCCGGCCGGUGGCUUCACAGGUGUGAAGAAGCUGCAGAAGUUCCUGGGACGACCAUUUCCUUUCAAGGACCAGCUGGUGGCGGAGUGUUUUGCACAGCUGAAAGUCCUCAGCAGAGCCCUUGCUGUCAGGGAGCGGAGGCCGGCCCUUGGGGAGCGUGGAUGGCAGGAAGACAUCAGUCGUCUCCAGGUGUUUGCUUCGGACCGGACAUUAAAGAGGAGUCUCCUGCGGGCCUGGGGGCUGGUCCUCAGAGCUAAUAUUCUGGAAGAUGUCAACCCAGACGAAUUGAAGAAUCUCGUAACUACCCAGUGCUCAGACCUAAGUGCCAAAGGAAUCUCCCUGGGUUUUGUGGAGAAAAAACACAGUGAAGCUGCCGCCCUGUCUCGGCCAGUCUCAGCCUCCUUGGCCCCACUCGUCAGGAGUGUUCAAGUGUGGCCCGCCAUGGAGUACCUGGCUAUGCUGUGGCAGUACAAAAUGAUAGCGGAUUUCAUGACGCAGGCUUGCCUGAGAAGGUCCAGCAAAACUCGGCCUCCCCACCUAGACGAGGAGCUCCCGCAGCACAUCACAUUCUGUCUUGAGCACACGCCAGUGGCUCCUUGGGAGCUGCGAGACCUUUGGUUCAUGCUGCAUCAUCAGCAGGUGUCCACUGACGAAUUUAUUUCUUCCUGGUCUGAGCUAUUGAAGUCUACCUUUUCAUCUUUCUGGAGCAGCACCGUGACCACAAAUCCCGAGUACUGGCUCACGUGGAGCCCCCAGCCUGCUAUGCACUCCCAGCACCUGGAGAUGCCCAAGCCCCUUUUGGAUUCCACCCUGAAGGGCCCAGCCAGUCUCAGCAGCGCCAUCUUCUCCAAGUGCUGUUUCGAAGUCGUGACCAGCAGCUGCAGAGCAAGCCCCUGGGAUGUGAGUGGCCUGCCCGUCCUGUCCUCGCACGUCACCUUGGGAGAAUGGGUUGAGAGAGCCCAGCAGCUGCAGGACGUCCGCUCUGUGCUUUGGACCAACAUGGCUCUUCCUUCAGUAGCAGAGUUCAGACGCACCGACGCGCGGCUCCAGCGGGUGGUGCUGUGCCGGCACCUGGUGGGCCUGGCUGAGCUGUUCCCAGAGCCCCAGCGGCAGGAGUACUUGCAGAACUGCGAGCAGCUGCUGCGUGGGGACAAGCAAGCCUUCCAGCAUGUGGGCCAGACUCUUGGGGACCUGGCCUGUCAGGAGGCCUUGCCCAAGGAGCUGCUGGACCUCAUGCUCACCUCCCUGCGCCACCUUUUUGGGGAAGGGGAGAGUACGAGGAGUCUGCCUGAGCCGGUGCACCGGGGGAGCCUCUGGGUGGGCCUUGGCUUACUCCAGAUUCAGACCUGGCUUCCCCAGACACGUUUCGACCCCGCGGUGAAGAGAGAAUACAAGCUCAAGUAUGCCAAGGAAGAGUUACGCCGGCUCCAGUGUGAGUGGAAGACCCGAGAUCUCUCAUCCCGGCUACAGACGGGGAAAGACUUGGAAGACGAAGCCCUUGCCCGUUACUUUCACCCUCACCUCAGGUUGCUUCGCCAGAGAAUGGAGCAGCUGGAGAAUCUGAUCUGCAGCCUGUCUAAGAAGCAGGCCUUCAGGCCCCCGCUGCCUGCCUACGAGUCCCUGGUGCAGGAGAUCCACCACUACGUCACCAGCAUCGCCAAGGCUCCGGCUGUCCAGGACCUGCUCUCCCGGCUCCUACAGGCCAUCCACAUGGAUGGGUCUCGGUCUGCCCAGGUGUCCCAAACUCUUCUGAAGGAGGAAGCCUCUUGGCAGCAGUCACACCACCAGUUCCGGAAGCGGCUGGCAGAGGAGUAUGCCCUGUAUCCAGACACCGUGGCCCCGCUGCAGGCCUCUGUCCUCCAGAUGCAGCAUGGCAUGAGGCUGGUGGCCUCUGAGGUCCAUGCCUCACUCCAUGGCAACGUGGUGUGUGCAGACAGGCUGGGUGCCCUGGCUGCAUCCUUGCUGGCGUUCCCUUCAGUGGGCCCCACCUUCCCCACCUUGUAUGCACAUGCGGACACUCUGUGCUCUGUGAAGACAGAGGAGCUGCUGCGGGCCCUUGGGAAGCUGACCCUCAAGCCCUCCAGCGGAAAGGAGCCGGAAGGCAAGGGCCAGAGGCCCUGCCCCACCCGGGAGCAGCUGAUGAUGAACGCGCUCCUCUACCUCCGCUCCCACGUGCUGUGCAAGGGGGAGCUGGACCAGCGGGCCCUGCAGCUUUUCAGGCAUGUUUGCCAGGAAAUCAUCAGUGAGUGGGACGAACAGGAGCGCCUAGCCCAAGAGAAGGCAGAGCAGGAAAACAGCCUCUACAGGUACCGGAGCAGGGCAUCCCUGAGUGAGGAGGAGGAGGAGGCGCGGGAGUUUCGAAGACACUUCCCGCUGCAUGACAAGGAUUUUGCCGAUAUCGUAGUAGAGCCGACACUUGAUGAGAAGAAGGACCCUCCAGACGCUCAGGAAGAAGGAGCCGCCAUCGACGCCUCGCUUCUCUCCCAGAGUUCAAUGCAAGCCGUGACGCUGAUCCACCAGCAGCUGUGCCUCAACUUUGCGCGGUCCCUGUGGUACCAGCAGCCUGUGCCGCCGCAUGAGCCAGAGCAUUACCUCCGCCUGUUUCUGUCCUGCUAUCAGACCGGGGCCUCCCUCGUAGCACACUUCUACCCUCUGAUGGGGGUUGAGCUGAAUGACCAACUCUUAGGCAGUCAGCUUUUGGCCUGCACCCUCUCCCAUAACACACUCUUUGGGGAAUCUGCCUCAAGCCUGGUGGUGAAGCCAGAUGGGCCCUAUGACUUUUACCAGCACCCCAAUGUUCCUGAAGCCCGCCAGUGCCAUCCUGUGCUUCAGGGCUUCUCAGAGGCUGUCAGUCACUUGCUGCAGGAUUGGCCGGAACACCCCGCCCUUGAACAGCUUCUGGUUGUAAUGGACAGGAUUCGUAGUUUUCCACUUUCCAGCCCCAUCUCAAAGUUCCUGAAUGGCUUAGAGAUCCUUCUUGCGAAGGCACAGGACUGGGAGCAAAAUGCAAGUCGAACUCUCUCUCUCCGGACACACCUCGAUGUGGUCACUCAGUUGAUCGUUCGAUGGCGGAAAUUAGAGCUGAACUGCUGGUCCCUGAGUCUGGAUAAUACCAUGAAACGCCACACUGAGAAAUCCACCAAGCACUGGUUCUCCAUCUAUCAGAUGCUUGAGAAGCACAUGCAGGAGCAAACAGAAGAGCAGGAAGAUGACAGACGGAUGACCCUGAUGUUGCUGGUCAGCACUUUACAAGCGUUCAUUGAGGGGUCCUCGCUGGGCGAGUUCCAAGUGCGACUCCGGAUGCUGCUGGUCUUCCACUGCCACGUCUUGUUGAUGCCCCAGGCUGAAGGGAAGGACUCACUCUGCAGUGUCCUGUGGAAUCUGUACCAUUAUUACAGGCAGUUCCUUGAACGGGUCCAGGCCAAAAUUGUGGAACUUCGUGCACCUCUAGAGAAAGAACUUAAAGAAUUUGUUAAGAUAUCCAAGUGGAACGAUGUCAGCUUCUGGUCCAUUAAACAGUCUGUGGAAAAGACACACAGGACUCUCUUUAAAUUCAUGAAGAAAUUUGAAGCUGUGCUGAGUGAGCCUUGCCGGUCAUCCCUGGUGGAGAGUGACAAAGAGGAGCAAUAUGACUUCUUGCCUGGGACAACAGAUGCAGCCGCAAGUGACCUGUCUCCCAUCCAAAGUCUGAACAGGGCACUGCGAGAAACCUUGUUGGCCUGGCCAGCAGCUGCACAGGCCGUGGUCCCAGAACCAUGUCAAGCUGUUGCUCCUUUGCCCUCUGAGGGAGAACUUCUGAGUCGCUUGCCAAAGCUCAUGAAACGGAUGAGGAAGAUCUGCCUGACGUUCAUGAAGGAGAGCCCCCUGCCACACCUAGUGGAGAGCCUCGAUCAGUUCACAGGUGAAGUCGUUUCCUCUGUGAGUGAGCUGCAGCGCUUAAAGGUGGAGCCCACGGCCGAGAAGGAGAAGCAGCGCUCUGAAGCCAAGCACAUCCUGAUGCAGAAGCAGCGAGCUUUGUCAGACCUCUUUAAACACCUGGCAAAUAGCGGUCUGUCAUAUCGCAAAGGUCUGGCCUGGGCUCGUUCGAAAAGCCCCCAAGAGAUGCUUCAUCUUCACCCGUUAGACCUCCGGAGCGCGCUGUCGAUAGUCAGCAACCCCCAGGAGGCUGAUUCUAGUCUGCUCACAGAAAUCUCAUCGUCGUGGGAUGGAUGCCAGAAGUAUUUUUACCGUUCUCUUGCACGGCACGCCAGGCUUAACGCAGCCCUGGCAUCCCCUGUCAAGGAGAUGGGCCUGGGCAAUGUUGAGCGGUGUAAAGGGUUCUCGGCCCACUUGAUGAAGAUACUUAUCCGACAGCGGCGCUCCCUAACCACGCUGACCGAGCAGUGGAUCAUCCUCAGGAACCUCCUCAGCUGUGCGCAGGAGAUUCAUGGCAGGCUGAUGGGGCCGCUGGCCUCCUCUGUGGCCUUCCCUCCUCAGGACGGCAUGCAGCAGUGGACCGAGAGGCUACAGCACCUGGCCAUGCAGAGCCAGGUCCUGCUCGAGCAGCUCUCCUGGCUUCUGCAGUGCUGUCCCAGUGCAGGGGCGGCUCCAGGCAGCACCGCCGCCCAGGCCCAGAGUCAGCCUUCUGCUCACCCCCCGGAAGGACACGAGCUUACUGAGGGGCCGCUCUCCAGAGCGGUGCCUGAGCUGCUCCCGGCAGAGCUUAUCUACCCGUCCCCAGUGCCCGGAAGGCAGCUGCCCUCUGGCUGCCGGAUGCGGAAACAGGACCAGCUGUGGAAGCAUUCGACUGCAAGAUUGACAGAGAUGCUAAAAACCAUUAAAACAGUGAAGGCGGAUGUCGACAGGAUUAGGCAGCAGUCUUGUGAGACUCUCUUUCUUUCUUGGAAGGAUUUUGAAGUUUGCUCUUCGGGGCUGAGUUGCCUGUCCCAGGUGUCAGCUCAUUUACAAGGCCUAGCGUCCUUGUUCAUUCUUCCAGGGCUGGAGGGUGAGCAAAGGGACCCACAGCUGGCAAUAGUUGAGAGUCUGGAUUACCUCCGAGGAGAAAUCAAUAAAGCCACAGCUGACUUUAAUACCUGGAAGACACAGCUACUCGCCACCCCCAGUAGCCACAGAGGAAGCAAAACUUUGGGCGAAGGACUUGUAGAAGAAUUUUCAGAGCAAAUGGAGACGGCCAUCCGUGCCAUCCUCUGUGCCAUCCAGAACUUAGUAGAGCGAAACAGCAAGAAGGCCGAGGAGAGCGCGGAGCCCUUGCGGCCGCAGGAAGACGAGGGUGACGCGCCAGCAGCUUUGGAGAGACUGCACCCAGGGCACCUGUCCAAGCUCCUGGAGGAUGACUUCUGGGCCGACGUGGGCACGCUGCAGGUGCAGAAGAUCAUCUCGGCCGUGUCGGAGCUGCUGGAGAGGCUGAAGUCCUGCGGGGAGGACGGCAUCACAGCGAAGCACACGGUCUUCAGCCAGUCCUGCUGCCUGUUGGUGCGCCUGGUGCCCAUGCUGUGCAGAUACUCCGACCUCGUCCUCUUCUUCCUGACCGUGGCUUUGGCGACUCACCGCAGCACCGCGAAGCUGCUCUCUGUGCUGGCCCAGAUCUUUACGGAGCUUGCCCAGAAGGGAUUUUGUCUUCCCAAAGAAUUUAUGGAAGAAUCCGCCGGAGAGGGAGCAACCGAGUUCCACGAUUAUGAGGGAGGGGGACUGGGAGAAGGCGAGGGCGUGAAGGAUGUGAGUGACCAGAUAGAAAGUGAGGAUCAGGCGGAAGAUACGUUUCAGAAAGGCCAAGAAAAGGACGAAGAGGACCCAGACUCAAAGUGUGAUAUUAAGGGUGAAGAUAAUGCUAUUGAGAUGUCGGAAGACUUUGAUGGGAAGAUGCACGAUGGGGAGCUUGAAGAACAAGAAGAGGACGCUGAGAAGUCAGAUGGUGAGGGCGGGGACCUGGACAAGCAGAUGGGCGAUCUUAAUGGCGAGGAAGCUGACAAACUAGACGAGAGGCUCUGGGGUGAUGACGAGGAGGAGGAAGAGGACGAGGAAGAAAGCAAAACUGAAGAAACAGGACCAGGAAUGGAUGAGGAAGACCCUGAACUUGUGGCCAAAGAUGACAACUUAGAUGCCAGGACUUCCAACACAAAUAAAAGCCAGCCAGAUAAGAAGGAAGAGGAGGAAGCAGCAGAAGCGGAUGAUGGUGCACAGGGCCAAGACAAGAUUAAUGAACAAGCAGACGAGAGAGACUAUGAUGAGAACGAGGUGGACCCUUACCACGGCAGUCAGGAACAGCUGCCCGAACCCGAGGCCUUGGAGCUGCCAGACGACUUACACCUGGACAGUGCAGACCAGCCCAGCGACGAGGACACCGACAGUGAGGGCGGGGCAGAAGAGAACCCUUUGGAGAUCAAAGAAGAACCAAUGGGUAUAGAAGAAGAGGGUCACGAGGCUGGGGAGAGAAGUGAAGAAGCAGAGGAAGGGCAGGCCGAGCCCGAGCCCGAGGGCUGCCCCAGUGAGGGUGCCACGGGGGCAGAGGAGGAGGAGAUGGACAUGGGGGCUGACGACCAGGACAAGGACGCUGCCGAGCUCCCCGAAGAAAACUCACAGGGGGAGGAGGAGCCGCCGUUGCCGAAGGACACGGACACAGAAGCAGAUGGAGGUGUAGAGAACAGCCCUGCUAACCCAGGCCUGCAGCCACAGAAGGAAGACCAGGAGGAGAACCCGGACCCCGAGGAGCAGCUGCCCGAGGCGACCGAGCGGAAGGAGCACGAGGCAUGCGGGCAAAGCGGGGAGGAGACCGUGCAGAGCGAGCAGGCUGUGGAGCUGGCGGGGGCCGCCCCCGAGAAGGAGCAGGGGAAGGAGGAACAUGGGACUGGCGCUGCAGAUGCGAACCAGGCAGAAGGCCAUGAAUCUAAUUUCAUUGCCCGGCUGGCCUCACAGAAGCACACCAGGAGGAACACCCAGAGUUUUAAGAGAAAACCUGGGCAGGCUGACAAUGAACGCACCUUGGGUGACCACAGCGAGCGUGUGCACAAGAGGCUGAAGACAGUGGAUUCUGACAGCCAAACAGAGCAGGGGCCGACCCAGACCCAGACCCAGGCGGAGGACGCCGAUGCCUUUGAGCACAUUCCGCAAGGCAGCGACUCUUACGACGCACAGACCUACGAUGUGGCCAGCAAGGAGCAGCAGCAGUCUGCAAAAGCCCCAAGCAAGGAUCAGGAGGAAGAGGAAGAGCUAGAAGAGGCUCUCAUGGACACAGAGAAGCAGGAGCUCAAAGCGGUGCAUGCCGAGCAGCUGAAGCCAGAAGAGGUCAAGCCAGGGGCCACAGCAGGACCCACAGGCGUUGAUGAGCUGGAGAUGGAGACCCAAACUGCUAAAGCAGAGGAAGACCAAGACCCAAGGUCAGACAGUUCGCUCAAGGAGACGGAAAACGAGAAGCCCGAGAGAAGCAGAGACUCAACCAUUCACACAGCCCAUCACUUCCUGAUGGACACGGUUCUCCAGCCCUUUUUGAAAGACGCCAGUGAGCUAAGACGGGAGCUGGAGAGGCAGCUGGAGACAUGGCAGCCACACGAGUCUGGAAACCCAGAAGAAGAAAAGGCUGCGGCUGAGAUGUGGCAGAGUUACCUGGCCUUAACUGCGCCUCUCUCCCAACAGCUGUGUGAGCAGCUUCGGCUCAUCCUGGAGCCCACCCAGGCGGCCAAGCUGAAAGGAGACUACCGCACUGGGAAGCGACUGAACAUGCGGAAGGUCAUUCCAUACAUUGCCAGUCAGUUUCGGAAAGACAAGAUUUGGCUUCGAAGGACCAAGCCCAGUAAACGCCAGUAUCAGAUUUGCUUGGCUAUCGAUGACUCUUCCAGCAUGGUAGACAACCACACCAAACAGCUUGCCUACGAAUCUCUGGCUGUGAUUGGAAGUGCUCUAACCCUCCUGGAGGUGGGUCAGAUUGCCGUGUGCAGCUUUGGAGAAUCCGUGAAGCUCUUACAUCCCUUCCAUGAGCAGUUCAGUGAUUCCACGGGCUCCCAGAUCCUGCGGCUCUGCAAAUUCCAACAGAAGAAAACCAAGAUUGCUCAGUUUCUAGAGUCCUCAGUCAACAUGUUUGCCGCUGCCCAGGAGCGCUCACAAAGCAUCAGUCCAGAAAUCUCACAACUGCUUCUGGUGGUCUCGGACGGGCGCGGUCUUUUCCUCGAGGGCAAAGAGAGAGUCGUAGCAGCGGUCCAGGCUGCCCGCAAUGCCAACAUCUUUGUCAUUUUUGUUGUGUUGGACAAUCCCAACUCACGGGAUUCUAUCUUGGACAUUAAAGUGCCAAUAUUUAAAGGCCCCGGAGAGACGCCUGAAAUCCGCUCCUACAUGGAGGAGUUCCCGUUCCCCUUCUACGUGAUCCUCCGAGACGUGAGUGCGCUUCCCGAGACGCUCAGCGACGCACUCCGGCAGUGGUUUGAGUUGGUGGCGGCCUCUGACCGCCUGUAGGCCAGCAAAGCACAGUCCAAAGUGACGCUCCUUCAGACCGUGGGCCGACUGGCAGGCUUUGGCCCAGGUGCGGCGUUUGGACAAGUGUUUGAUGUAUAAAGUCACUCAGCAGCUACACAAGUUUGAAUUGUACUGUCCCAUUCUUGCACAUGAUUUCAGAGCCUUGAGGAAGCUUUCCUACCAGAUGGGCCCAGCACUGGCCUGUCCUGGGAGGAAGGCAACGCCUCACACGGAGGGCCCGGCCUGCUGUCUUCUGCCAGGACCUCAGUCCCGGGCCAGUCCUGUGAGCAGAGGACUGAGGAGAGCUGUCCUUUUGAUCCUGCUCCAUGCCUCUGCCUUGGCCAGCGUGGAGUGUAUACACAAAAGUUUUCUAGAACAUCCACGUGUGUGUGUUCUUACUGUGCUUGGUGUGAAAGGAACUACCUUCUUGUAGAGAGGGUGGGGAGCUUUUGGUGUGUGCGCGUGUGUGUGCGUGCUAAAGCAACCGGACAUCUUGGGUGACCCAAGUUCUCCAUGGAGAUGGUACUUGGGCGGUGUACAAAUGAAGUGGCUUUUCUGUGUCCUCCACAUUGGCUGCUUUGGAGACUAUGCAAUGAGCGACGACGACGAUGCCGUCAGUUAAUGUCAUUCCCUCAAUGCCGCUAUCCCCGUGCUGUAGGAAUUCAUUUCUCCAGUUACGGGAACCACCGUUCCUCACGCUGCUUUCCGGCUGGAGUCAGACAUCCUCAUCGUUGACACGAAGCACUGUGUUCAGGAGAACGAAGCAGCUCCAGCUAUUGUGUUUCCAAUCAAAACACACCAGUGGUUUCCAGACAGUUUUCAUUCAGCCAAAAAGCAGUGCUUGAAUACUUGAAACCGUGUGCGGUUCCCUAGUUCACGUCCUGAGUGUCAGACCAUUCUCUGGUAUGCCAUGCCCCAAGCCGUGAUCAUCUGUCCACGUCUGCCAUCCCAUGACGCUGUGAAGUCCGCCACCCUUCUGUGGUGUCACCAGACACAGGCUGCUUGUUUAGCCAAGUGUCCUAACGCAUGUACCUGAGGUUUUAUCAUUAUUUUUUAUUCUAAAGAGCUAUGCAGCUUCUAUUCUGAGACCUAUUAAAAAAUAUCUAUCACUGUUGAUGUAA